AACACAAACAUGCAGAUAUACAUAUAUAUAGGUCGUUCAGUGUUGAAUCUUCGUAACUGACAUUACGUCUUUGUAGAUCAUCCUGACUUAACAUUAAUGUUGGUUCUAGCACGCUAGUCAACAUAAUAACGUCAGUUGUUUUAAGGCGGUGGCGUUUGAAGGGACAACGGAUUUUGAGCAUCUGUGAACAUGGUCAACGUACAUAAAGGUGUUCUUGUUGAAUGUGAUCCUGCAAUGAAGCAGUUCCUUCUGUACCUGGACGAGACGAUGGCCCUGGGAAAGAAGUUCGUCCUCAAGGACCUGGACGACACGCACCUUUUUAUCCUGGCAGAGGUGGUUCACACACUCCAGGAAAGAGUCGGUGACCUGAUGGACCAGAAUUCAUUCCCCAUUACACAGAAAUGAGGAUUUAAAGAUAUCGAUCUCUUUGGACUUUUGGCAUUAAAACCGUGAAACGUU